UUCGAUUGCGGUCUGUCUCUAGUGUCUUCGUUCAAUCAUUUUGUUUAGUUUGAAGCUCUGAAUUAGUGUUCAGCUUGUUUAUCUAUCCGAAACAAUAUUUGAAUUCGAUUUUCCAUUUGAUUAUUGAAUAUUAAAAACAAUGGCUCGUCGUUAUGAUUCCCGAACCACAAUCUUCUCUCCAGAAGGUCGAUUGUACCAAGUGGAGUAUGCAAUGGAGGCUAUUUCGCAUGCCGGCACCUGUCUUGGAAUCUUGGCCAAAGACGGUAUUUUACUAGCUGCUGAACGUCGUAAUACCAACAAACUUUUGGACGGUGCCAUUUUCUCUGAGAAAAUUUACAAACUCAAUGAUGAUAUGGUUUGUUCGGUUGCUGGAAUAACGUCUGAUGCAAAUGUGCUCACAAAUGAACUUCGUGUUAUAGCCCAACGAUUCCAGUUGAACUAUGGCGAACCAAUGCCGUGCGAACAAUUGGUUUCAUAUUUAUGUGAUAUUAAGCAAGCUUAUACACAAUACGGUGGCAAGCGUCCAUUUGGUGUAUCGAUUUUGUAUAUGGGUUGGGAUAAACAUUAUGGUUAUCAAUUGUACCAAUCGGAUCCAAGUGGAAAUUAUGGUGGAUGGAAAGCAACAUGCAUUGGUAAUAAUUCCGGUGCGGCUAUUUCAAUUUUAAAACAAGAAUUAUCGGAUGAGCCAAUCACAUUGGCGUCCGCCGAAGAUUUGGCCGUUAAAGUGCUCAGCAAAUCACUUGAUAUGACGAAACUCACAUCCGAAAAGGUGGAAAUGGCAACACUGACCCGAGUUAACGACAAGACCGUUAUCAAAAUUCUAACCAACGCUGAGGUCGAUGCACUCAUUGCAAAAUAUGAGAAAAUCGAAGCUGAACUUGAAGCAGCCAAACGAGAGAAAUUAGCACAAAAAUCUUAAUCGGGCAUUUUUGGUUAAUUUUCUUUUUUUUCAUAUUUUUCAAAUAAAAUAAUUUGUUUAUCAUCAUAAUCGAUAUGUCUCUCAGCUAAUGAUGGAAUCAUUUUCUGUUGUGAAAAGUAAAAAAAACACACACACUUGAA